AUGGAGGACAACAAAACCACCGCACCAAAGGUCCAAACCUUCAUUAACAACUGCCUCAGACGAAUUCUUAGGAUACACUGGCCAAAAACCAUCAGUAAUGAGGACCUGUGGCAACAAAUUAAGCAGGGACCUAUAGACAUACAAAUCAAUAAAAGACGAUGGGGCUGGAUAGGUCAUACACUCCGGAAACCAGCCACCAGUAUUACCAGGAAGGCCCUAAGUUGGAACCCACAGGGCAAGUGUAAGAGAAGAAGGCCCAAGAACUCUUGGAGGCGGGACCUGAUUGAAGACAUUGGGAUACUAGGCUUCAACUGGGUAGAAAUUGAAAACAAUAGCACAGGACCGGAGACGUCGGAGAGCAGUUGUUGGUGGCCUAUGCCCUGA